AUGCCGGACUUUGUCGAGUUGUACAAGGCUGAUCUUCAGGAGAUGGUCGGCACUAAGGCUGGCAUUGACUCUCUCGAGUCUCGCAUCUCGGACCCCAGCAUACCUAAGCUCUCCCUCGAGGAACGCCUCCGGAUUGCCACCGUCAACUGCCCACUAUGGAUCUGGAUUGACGCCGUCAGCACUCUCAAUCAGGAGCUCCACACUUCUGCCACCGGUCUUGCCGAACUAAUCACCUCCGCCAAUCCGCCGCCAGCCACCACCUCCCAGCCUGCCACAAAGGCCAAGUCCAAGUCCAAGGCCACCGCUGCGCCCUUGGGCUCGGCCACCUCCGGCUCUGACAACACCACCAACCACCCCAAGGCUUCGAAGCUCCUCGCCACUGAGAAGCAGGUUCUCUGGGACUUCAACGGAUGCUUCAAGUGCCGCGUCACUGAUGUCCCGGCAGCCCACAACAAGGACAACCCCGCUCGGUGCCAGUUUCCGGUCGGCGGUCCCAGCUACAUUUCGGUCACCCGCAAGCUUGCUCUCACGCGCCACCAAGUCCUCUAG